AUAUAAAUAAGAAUAAUGCAAAGGGGAAUUUCAUCACUAUGGUUGCACAGCAUUGGAAGAUGCCAAAAUCAAAGAUUAUUCUUUAGCAUAUUUAAUCAAAAAAUAACAUCUUUUGGUCAUCCCUCUACAACAGUCUGCUCAAUCGAUUACAGUAAGAGACUGAAGUUGAUUGAAAACACAAGAUUUGUUGGACUAACAGUUGCCAAUAGACAGUAUACUACAGCAGGCGUUAAAACACAAACCAGUGCCAAGAAAAAAAUGACUAAACUUACCGAACAAGAACGUGCCGAAGUUUUGCAACCUCUCUUGAAUGUUGGCUGGACCUUGGUAAACGGACGUGAUGCCAUCUAUAAGGAAUAUUUGUUCAAGGAUUUCAAUCAAGCUUUCAGUUUUAUGUCCGGUGUCGCCUUAUUGGCCGAAAAAAUGAAUCAUCACCCUGAAUGGUUUAAUGUUUACAAUAAAGUUCAAGUAACUAUGUCUACACACGAUGUUGCUGGUCUUAGUUCUAAAGACAUACGCAUGGCCAAGUAUAUGGAAGAACACUCUAAACGCUUUCUUUAAGUUUUAGUUGAAAUAGUUGUAAUUUAGCUUUUGUUAAAAAUAAAGAUGUGUUGUUAGUUAAA